AUGGACCCGUGGGGAAACGUCAAGAUCCCAUAUCUGCGCCCGGAAUCUAGUGGUGACUGGAGAGACAUACGGCAAGAUCUGACCACAGACGAUUAUUCCUCCUUGGCUGGUGUGCCUCUCAGCGACCUCAACUAUGACGGUAAAACAACAUUUUCGCUUGAGUCAAGCUACAUCCAACUACAAUGCAGCAACAUCACCACCAGUCCACUCUCAGAGCCAGAUGGGUCUUAUCGUGACAUGAUGAGAGUCGACUUACUUCAGUCUGCUUUUUCCGAUUUCAUUAGCAUGUCGGGAGCGCGACACAUUUAUGAACUUCCAAAUGGCACGUGGCAUGGCGUUUCGUCGAGCAGAAAUAUCAGCUCGAGUGACACAACCUGGAGUCUGGGGUUUGAUCGUUUCAUCGAUCCGCUUUGGUUCGGGGGUAACAAUACCAAUUUCACCGAAUUUCGCAAAGGCGCCAAGGGUUCGCGAGCCCAAGACCUUCACAGACUCAUUCUAUUCCAAGAUCAAAAAGGAAUCGAAGCUGGUCCUACAAGGCUGCUGUUCCAAGCCAAGUGCAAGGACAGUUUUCACGCACCACAACUUUACUUUACUGGAUACUGUGAUGUGACUCAAACAUAUGUUGAGUCUCGCGUCACAUGCGAUCGAUCCACGACUACACGACAGAACUGCUCCGGCGUUGCCCAACGUCCUUCCCAGCAAAUGCAUGCCCCGGAAAGCAUAACGCCGUUAUCAUUUCCAGUCAUUUUCCACGACAUAUCCCAGGAGCUGCCUCUUGCGGUGGGCGGGGAUGUGUCAUUUCAAACAGAAACAUCCCUCUAUUACAUCAAAGAUCCUAGUCUCCGGAGCAUCAACGGAGAGGAACGGGCGUUCCUCGAAAACGUCACUGCCAGGGAUUUGGGAGUUCGCUUAGGCCAACUACUCAACUCCUAUUACCAAUUGACGCAGUUGUCUCUCAAUAUCACCGAGGGAUCCAGUGGGGUUUCUAUAUUCGAGCCGAACAUCUCAGUAUCAGGAACAACUAGUAGGGAUGUGGUUGUUUUCGGCGUGUCGGAUGGCUGGGCUACUCUCUGUAUGGCCUCUUGCGCUGCAUUACUCGCGGCAGGUAUUCUCAGCGUUGUACUUGCUCAUUGGGCCCAGACUCCAGAGAUCCUGGGUUAUGUUUCGACUGUGUUUAGAGACUCAAGGCACAUCGAGCUGGAGGCUGAAUCGGAUCGACUCACCGGAGUUGAACUAUCGAAAACAAUGAUGAAGGAGAGGAUUAGAUAUGGCCUCGUCAGCGAGAAGGGUGGCGAGAAGUUGCGGAUGGGUGUUGGGCGUCAGGAAGAAAUAAAAGGGUGUAGCGGCAAUCUUCAAUGA